GAAGAUUUGUCCAUUAUUUCUAUUCGCUUUCAAAUGCAUACAAGGCAGGACAGUAGGCGACCGUCACCAUAAAAGCAAAAAUGCGAUUUUUUUCACAUCUUCAUAAUACACUCUUCGGGCCUUGAUUUUCUUUCUUCGUAAGAGUAGAGGGUAAGUCGAUUCUGAUUUGUCUUACCUAAGCUUACACGUUCUUGAUAGCACCACAAAAACAUUCUUAAAGAAAACUACAUCUUCCAAGGACAACGAAAACGAAUCAUCAUCAAGAUGUUGUCUCAACCACGUUCUAGCAUCUCUUCGUGGUCAGCAAGCGGAUCGACGUCUGCUGAUUCCUCUUCUAGUACUACUGAAGAGAUGAACUGCGUUUGCGACAUCCAGAGUAUCUCGAGUGGCGCCUCAACGGCAGACACUUGUUCUGAUCCAUGCCAAUCAUGUGACCAGCACCAGGAGCGAGUGUCUUCGAGAACAAUGGCUAGAACUUUCACUACUUCUAGUUCGGAGUCGGCGUCGUUGUCGACUUUGUGGCAUGAAAAACACGUACCCACCUCCUUCCUAGAUGAAGAGGUUGGGCGCAGACCGGAUGCUGCUGUUGAGGCAAUUUGGUCGGAUGCUCCAGGAGCCUUACUUGCUUCAUGUAUGACAGAAGUACAACAUGAAGCUCCAAGUGCAACUUCGACUCGACCGAAGCCGAACGACAGCAACAUCUUGGAAGACAAAGAGAGCAUCUUAGAGCUCCUCGUCAUUGGCGCCGGACCACACGCCUUAUCACUGUUGACACGCUUGAUUGAUGACGACCCUGAUCUGCUUACCGAGAUGGAAAGAAGCUACAUUUAAGGCUCAACUUUCAAUGGUCAUUGGAGUUGGUCACUGAGAUCGAAGAGGCGACCCCUUGAGAGAACCAACAGGGGAAAUAUACGAAGGGAACAAAGGGGAAAGCUUUGAACAAGGGGGUCCCUUCCGUUCAGAGUCAGUGACCAUUGAAGGCUGAUGGCUGAGCUUUAAUACAUGAUGCGUAGGGCUAGACGGUAUCGCCCUAGAACAGAAGUGAGAGCGCAUUUGAAGAAACGGUUUUCGCUUCGAAGCGAAAGCGAGAAAGAGACAGGUAGAGAAACUUCAACCGGAACGGCCAGUACGACCAGGGAGCUCACCUCCGACAACGUCACGGUGAUCGACAGUCACGGACGCUGGAUGGCCCAGUGGGACUCAGACUUUGAGGCGUUUGGCAUAGACUACCUGCGAUCGCAUGAACAUCUCCACCCGGAUCCGUUCGAUUUCCAAGCCUUGAGCGUUUUCGCGGAAAUGCAGAAGCGGACAAGUGAGUUGAAACAAAUGAAAGCAGUCGAUCGUGAUCAAUGUCGGAAAGCAGGCUAUUUUGGACCUUUUGUAACUCCGAGUAUGAGACUGUUCGCAGAUUACUGCCAAAAUUUGGUUGAACGAUACGAUUUGAAUAGUGUGGUGCAGAAGGGAACGGUGGAGGAUGUGAGGAUAAUACGAGAUUAUGGAAUGGCUGCUUCCCCCAGUGGUAGCGAGCAGCAAGAAGAACAACCGGCCUCUACCAGCCAAAGACCUCUAUUUGAAGUAAUCCUCGCCGACGGCAGACGAUUCCUGUCGCGACGUGUAGUAUGCGCGAUGGGCCCUGGGCCGGCUUUUCAGGGUAUGCGAGCGACUCUGCCUUGGUGGGCAGAGGAACUAGGUGAAGCAUUGGCGGAGGCGGCUUUUGAAGAAGAGGAAGAGAACGAAAAAAAGGAAGAUGCGUGCGAUGCGAAGCAAGAACUGGCUAGUUCUGAGGCUGCGCCAACAGAUGAGCAUGAGCAACCAGUUGAGGUUAUCGAGAAGCCUGUGGGCGUCGUAGAUGAAGUCGAUGCGCCAGAGCCAGUGAAGGCCGAUAGUGUCUCGACUUGUUCCUCUCGGUGUUGCGAUGGAGCUGCCUCGAAAAACCGAAAAACGGUUGCGACGGUACCCGCUCCCAUAGCUCCUGUACCCGCCUUGAAAAUGGAGCCUCCUGGGAGCGUAAAGGAACUCAAGGUACCGACCGAAGAACGCCUACAGCAUUCGUGCACAUUGAGUAACUGGCUCCGAGACCAGAUAGCAAAGGCUGACAAAAGCAGCAGUGGCAGCGUCGUUCAAAAUCAGCGAGUCCUCGUCGUUGGUGGUGGCCAAACCAGUGCUCACCUAGCACAGGUUGCUUUAGCUAGAGGUGCGAGUUCCGUCACGCUCUGUUCACGGAGGAAAAUCACUCGUAAGCCAUACGAUGUGGAUGUCGGCUUUGUAGGCGACAGAAGACCAAAUUUUCUCCAAGCCUUCUGGCAACUAGAUGACUUUCGGAAACGUAAGGCAUUUAACGCGAAUCUCCGUAGUGGAGGUAGCAUGAACGCCGACAGUUACGCAGAACUUACGGCUACGGCUGAGAGACUAGCAAAAGAGAACGCUGAAGCUGAGAAGCAGGAACUACAGAACCAAACGAAAGCUUCGCGUUCGCCAUCUUCAUCAUCGACUACAACGACCAAGCCUCGUCGUGGAGGUCGAGGGACAGCGAAGAGUAGAAGGAAAGCAGCACGCGCAGAUGAUUUUAGUGACAUCUUUCCGACUGGUGCUUCUGCGUCAGUGUCUCCAGAGAAAGAACUAGUUCCUACUGAACCUGCAUCAUCAACACCUACUGAGCCUGGUUGUGUUGCAGUUGGCUGUUCAGAAGCGUGCUCAUCUACGUCACCUGUAGCAACGCAAACCUGUGACGACAUGCCCGCGGCCAGCCAAGAAGACGACGCAACCAUUGUCGACAUCGCAGGACAAGUGGGAGAAUACCAAGAAGGCUCAGAAAAGAUACCGUCACGACAAGAGUUUGAUGACGUGGCAAAAGGGCCAGCACCCCAGCAAGAACCCCAACUAGUAGAAGUUCUACCUGCUGCUGCUCUGGCUCCUCAGCCGAAGCAACAACAGCAUUUCGAACUCAUGGAAGAGAACGAGAUCACCCAGGCCCAUUACAUCCCUUCUACAAAGGAAAUUGAAAUCAGGUUUGAAGAUGGUAAGAUCACAAGAUUCGACUUCGUAUGGUUAGCAACCGGAGGAAACUUCGAUAUGGAUCUCGUACCAUUGUUCGCUUCCCUGCAGCGUCAAGAGGAGAUUCCUAGUAUAGAUGGCUUGCCACAGCUACAGGCAGACUGCAGUUGGUCAGCAAAUGUGCCGUUGUACGUGAUGGGAGCAUUUGCGCAAUUGCAAUUAGGAGCGGAUGCGUUGAAUUUAGCGGGUGCACGGUCAGGAGGAGUGGUGGUUGCAAGAGCUUUGUUGGGCGAUUUCGGAGCACCAGCUGGCACUGGCUUGACAGGCAAAGAUGCUCCUGCCGUUAUCGAAAAAGGACAAGAAGUUCUCGGCUGCUUGGAGGAAUCAGAAUCUUCACCAAUGCGCACUGGCCUUCGUCAACAUGAUCAAACUACAACAACUCGUCCCACUUCAACUCGUCCUACCGCGUCCUCUUCGUCUUCUUCUCUUUUCCAAUCUAAAGCAGCAAAGAAGAACAAGAGGAGAAACAACAAGAUCUUGGCGAAAGGAACGAGCAAAUUAUUGGUUGUCUCUGGGGGAGGCGCAGUGAAUGAGACAGGCGUGUGGCAAGAGAAUAAGUGUGAAUGUUGUGACGAAUAAUUCGUGCCUUUGUGAUGAGUAAGUUGUCGUGCAUUCUAAGUUUUGACAUUUUUGCUGGGACUGCGUAUAUGAGUGUGAUUCUAGAAACACGGUUACAGCUUGAACACUGAGCAGUGAACUCUAUUCUUAAGUUUGAAUUCUUAGGGAGUGCGCCGAAUAGAUUCACAUCAUCAAGUUUGAAUUCUUUGCUCAUCAUUAUCUAGUCGUACUUGUACUAGUCUUUGUUUCGUUUCUAAUUGUGAGUGGUUUUUCAUCAUGAACGUUGCGGAUCCCGUCGUUUUAUAAGAUUGAGUGGUUUUGCUUUUGUUUAUAACCAGAUCUUUUGGUAAGCUAGUAUUUGAGGGUGGUCUGUUAGUUGAGCGACUGACGUGGAAGGUCGCCGCGAUGACAAUAUUGUAAUUACUGUAUUCAUAACAUGAGAGAAUACGAUAACUACAUGGCUCUUGGUCUUGCAGAGCAUUGGAUUACGCCCUUAUUGUAAAGAAAGGAGCAGGCGCAAGGUCUCUAAAACUACAUCAGGUCAUCGAAUUUGCGGCAAGAAUUAUGAGUUGUACUACAUAUUAAUUGAAUUUUUUCGUCAAAGUGAAAGUGAUUAUUGAGCGGUUCGUUGUGUGUAAUUGUACAAAAAUGAGUUCUAAUCAUGGUAUUAUCUUUUUUGAGUUGUUGAAGUUGAUAUUUCUGGGUAUGUGUUGUGAUUAUUGAGCGGUUGGUUGUGUGUAGUUGUACAAAAAUGAGUUCUAAUCAUGGUAUUACCUUUUUUGAGUUGUUGAAGUUGAUAUUUCUAGGUAUGUGUUGUGAUGAAUAGGGAAGGUCAAGCUGGACGUGAAGAUGGAUAACAGCAACAUGCCAUCAAAGGUCUAAUCAAUCGCGCAAAGCUAUAGUUGUUGGUUCCGUACUUAUCAGGGAGCAGCAACCAAUACAGACAAAACUUUGGACCUUUUUCUUUGUGACUUUUUUUUUCUUUCGGAUCUUCAAGUUCAACAUUCUUCCCAA